UUUCGACACCUGAAAAUGGACUUUGGUGCUUACUUUUUUAAUCAUUACUUUGUUUUGUACUAUAUAUAUUUUUGGGGGUUUGUGUUUCAGGAGAACGGCCAGCGGCGGUACGGUGGCCCACCGCCCAACUGGGACGGGCCGCCACCAGAGCGAGGCAGCGAGAUCUUUGUGGGGAAACUACCGAGAGAUCUGUUCGAAGACGAACUGGUCCCACUGUGUGAGAAGUUCGGUAAGAUCUACGAGGUGAGGAUGAUGAUGGACUUUAACGGGAACAACCGAGGAUAUGCCUUCGUUACCUUCGGCAACAAACUGGAGGCCAAAGCAGCCAUGAAGCAGCUCAACAACUACGAGAUCAGGAACGGUCGCCUCCUUGGAGUUUGUGCCAGCGUCGACAACUGCCGUCUGUUUGUUGGCGGGAUUCCCAAAACCAAGAAGCGCGAGGAGAUCCUUACCGAGAUGAGGAAGGUCACUGACGGCGUCGUGGACGUCAUCGUGUACCCGAGCGCCGCCGACAAAUCCAAGAACCGAGGCUUCGCCUUCGUCGAGUACGAGAGCCACCGAGCAGCCGCCAUGGCCCGCCGCAAACUGCUGCCAGGUCGUAUUCAGCUGUGGGGUCACGCCAUCGCCGUGGACUGGGCGGAGCCAGAGGUUGAGGUGGACGAGGAUACCAUGGCGUCCGUCAAGAUACUGUACGUCAGGAACCUGAUGCUUCAGACAACCGAGGAGACCAUCGAGAAGGAGUUCAACAGCCUCAGACCAGGUGCAGUGGAGCGAGUGAAAAAAAUCAGAGACUACGCCUUCGUCCAUUUCACUCAGAGAGAAGACGCCAUCAACGCCAUGAACGCCCUCAACGGAAAGGUGGUGGACGGCUCUCCUAUCGAGGUGACUCUGGCCAAGCCGGUGGACAAGGACAGUUAUGUCCGAUACACCAGAGGGACCGGAGGACGCGGAGGAUCUCUGCUGCAGACUGACUACGCUGCCUACACUCUGGGACAGGUACAACCCCAACACCAGGUUCAUGUGUACGACCCCACAGCGGCGUACCUCGGUCCGCCCGUGUUUUACGCCCCCCAGGCCUACGCUGCCAUACCAGGUCAGUUCCGCUUCCCGACAGCCAAAGCUCACAUUGGAGGUCGGGGUCUGAUCAGGACGCCCUCGGUCAGAGAAAUUUACAUGACUGUACCUGUAGGGGCUGCCGGGGUGCGGGGGCUGGGUGGGCGGGGAUACCUGGCCUACGCCGCCGGGGUCGGAGCCAUGGGUGGAGCCGGCGCCUCCUAUGGCCUGAAGGGGGACAAGCAGGUGGAGGAGAAGCUGUACGACCUGCUGCCAGGCAUGGAGCUGACCCCAAUGAACCCUGGCGCCAUGAGCCUGAAGGCUGCCGCCAUCAAACCUGCACCACAGGUUCUGGAGGAGUUGUGUCAGAAGAAUAACUGGGGUCAGCCCGUCUAUCAGCUCCACUCUGCCAUCGGUCCUGACCAGAGACAACUCUUUCUCUACAAGAUCACCAUCCCAGCUCUGGCUACACAGUACCCCAACGUCCAUCCCUUCACGCCUGCUAAGCUGUGUGCGGCUGUAGAAGAAGCUAAAGUCCAUGCAGCAGAGCACACUCUGCAGACGCUCGGCCUGCAGACAGAGGGUGCCGCUGAUGCCGGCUGUGCCAGUGCUGCCGCUGUGGCCUCGGUAGCCUUCCCAGGUUACACUCUGGCGAGCCCGGUGGCGUCUGCGGUCGCCUCCCAGCUGAAGCAGGCUGUAUCUCUGGGUCAGGACCUGACCGCCUACACCACCUACGAGGGAUACCCCGCUUUUGCUGUGGCGACACGCCACAGCGACGGCUACGGCGUUUUCUAGAAGACAGGUUUACAAUGAGGAAAAACAAUCUCAGCUAAAGAUGCCUUCACACCAAACUGCUUUUCUUUCACACUGCCAUUUUUAAAUCUGUUUGAAAAGUUUUCUUCUGUGUAAUGAUCAGUUUCUGAUCAGUAAAAGAAAGUAAGAAUGAAUGAACUUGAUCGCUGGUGAACUCUUUCUAUUAAUUCAGUUCAACAGGUUCUCUCUCCCAUCUCGUAAAAUACGGACGCUUGGUCAGGUGCCUUUGUCGUUGUAAUUGACGCCAAAUGUCUCCUUUAGCGUCAUAUAAUGCGCUUUAUCUAAACGCGCUUGGUCGGGACUAUUGGCGUCACUUUUGAUGCAGUUAUGUUAAGGAAAAGUUCGUGGGUGGGCUUACGUUUCUGUGACACACGGGAAUAACGGGACUCAUCCACCACCCCACCCCAACCAACCUCCCUACGCAGAAUUUCGGCCUUACAUACUUCUCGUUAAACCCCUUGUAGCUGCUGGUCUCCCCGGUACGUUCUACAAACACGCUGAAGGACGCCUUUUUCGUCGCUUCAGACGCUGACAGCCAUUGUCCAAAACGUCCGUAUUUUACAAGUUCGGAGUGAGAAUGGGUUGGUCAGUUUCAUCAGGACACGAAAUGAGGCAGUUAUUCCUACAAAAACAGAAGUGUGAAUGCACCUUUAUGCUGCAGUUUUUUAUACAGGAAGACAAACCCACGGUCGACUUUGGUCUCGUCACAGACAUGUUUUAAAAACCCGCUGCUGGAAAACGUUUCAGACUCGUCGGUCGCCCUGAAACAAAUUCGUUACCUAUCACAUUUUUUUCUUCUUUCUUAUAAUCCGUCUCUGAGUUAUGCGUACGUACAUAUCUGUGAUUAUUUAGUGAUUUAUUAAGUAGUUGGCAGACGGCCUGUGAUUGGCUGUAGGAUUGAAUUCAUGUUUUGAUCAGUAAACUUUUUUUUUGUUGAUUUUAGUUUGUCUGUAGUAGUAUGUUUACGAUAUCUUUUAAAAAUGGAUUGGCUCAAUAGAAUUAGUUAUUUCAUCCUUUGUGUUGUAACCCUGUGUUGUUAUCUUUAUGAUAACUGGGAUCUGUAGUUCUUUUGAAUGUCUUUCAAUUGCAAAAUGUAGUUUUGCACUCUUGUCUACUUUUGACUGUUUCAGUGGUUCUGAUUAUUUGAAGAUACAACUGAAGUUUGGACAGAAAGGGAUUUUUAAAAUGCAAACUCUGUUUAAGUCACUGAGGCAUUCUGGGCUUUGUAGUUCUACAAACUGUGAAAGUUUAGCUUUUAGUUUGCAUACAUCUGAACUUUGUGUCUUGAGCUUUGUGCGCUCAUCACCAUCAUUAAAGGUGCUGUAGGUAGGAUUGUGAAGAUCCAGGACUUAGCCCAAAAAUUUGAACAGCAACAACUUCUCAGUCCCUUCCCCCCUUUCCGCUAAAGCCCAAAACGGUCUCCUAAGCCCCUCCCCCCACAAGGGAGAAUGAAUGCGUGAGUAUGAGCAGUGAUUAACACGCACCCCCCAGACAAAUCGCACUACAGGCUGUAGGUGGAGCCAGAGGAGCCAGAUUUUAUUUUUUAAAUGACUUCAUGUAGUUCUACUGGAACAUAGGGUCAGUUUCAGCAAAUAUGACAGAAAGGUAGUUUUAUAAGACUUUCCUACUGCACCUUUAAGUUUAGGGACCAAUGCUUUGAGUAAAUGUUUUCAGAUUUUCUGCCGUCAUAUUUGAGGCGCUUUACGUUCACAUAAAGCCCUUUUGUCAGCUUUUUGGAAACUUUAUUACGACCUGUAGUACUGCUUUUCUGCAACAGUGAUGACAUUUCAUCAGCUUAAUAUAAACAAACCUGAACGCAAACCUCAGAACAGGAACAGAAACAGAUUUAGGUCUUUAGCUUUCGGUUGAUGUUUCCUUUCCACGUUUCAGUAUUUUCAUGUUCACAUCGCGCGUUAUUUGUUCCAUUUCUACCUAAAGCAUCAGCCAGCUGCGACCCUAAAUCUCACCUCGUCUCCGUUUUUUAAAAUCUGUCGGCAAACAAGAACAUCAAACCCCCAAGAUUAAGUUUAUAGCUUUUGGGUUUUUUUUUGGUCAAUGACGUUUUAGUUUAUUAGUCUUCAGUUUACAGUCUGCAAGAAAAAAAACAAGUGUUUGUUUUGAUUUGAAAGUAAAGUCAAAAUGAUGUUAAACUUCCACUUAAAAAAAUAAGAUAAAAAUAAAGAUCAGCCAGCUACGAUCCUAAAAGUCACCUUGUCUCCGGAUGUUUUCAAUCCAAACAUUAAACCUCCAAGAUUACGUUUAUAGCUUUAGGGGUUUUUCCGUCCUACGCUAAAGUUUUGAAAUAUCACUUUCAACAUCUGCGCAUGGCAAGAGAUUGUAGUUAAAGGGGUAAUAAAUUAUGGAUUGGAUUAGACCAGUGGUUCGCAAAUUUAGUUUAGUGGAGAUGGAGAGACCAAAAACAACAUCUUAACUUAAAAUAUUCCAACAGUUUUCACAAAAUAUGAAAACUUUUCUCAGU